AUUUUUUUUCUUCGAUUACUCAGGUCUGUUCCCAGCAUGGCGAACUUGGUGGAAGCGAAAUCUAUUCAGCAAUUUUUAGAACUACAACAGGCGGCCGGCAAGUCGCUUCUGGUUGUCCAUUUUUGUGCAUCAUGGGCUCCACAAUGUGCUCAGAUGAACAAUGUGAUAGCAGAGCUAGCAAAAGAGCAUUCACAGGUUACAUUUGUCAAGCUUGAAGCAGAGGCUGUACCUGAGGUAUCUGAGAAAUAUGAGAUCAGUUCUGUUCCAACAUUUCUUUUCUUUAAGAAUUCUCAGAAGAUUGAUAGAUUGGAUGGAGCACAUGCUCCUGAACUCACCAAGAAAGUAAAGCAGCAUGCUUCAAGCAGUGCUGUCCCUGUUGGAACUGUGGAAUCUAGCAAAGAGGAUUUAAAUGAACGACUUAAGAGGCUGAUCAAUGCUGCACCUUGCAUGCUCUUUAUGAAGGGAUCUCCUCAAGAGCCCCGCUGUGGUUUUAGCAGACAAAUUGUGGAUAUUUUCAAGCAGCACAAUAUCCAGUUCAGCAGCUUUGACAUUCUGUCAGAUGAUGAGGUGCGACAAGGGCUGAAGACAUUUUCCAAUUGGCCAACAUAUCCUCAAGUGUAUGUCAGUGGGGAACUAGUUGGUGGACUUGAUAUUAUUAAGGAGCUGGCACAAUCAGGAGAACUAGAAAAGACCUGCCCCUCAGCAGUCACCUUAGAGCAUAGGCUGAAAUCAUUAAUAAAUAAAAAUCCAGUAAUGCUGUUUAUGAAGGGUAAUAAGACGAUGGCAAAAUGUGGCUUCAGUAGGCAGAUACUGGAAAUAAUGAAUGAAACUGGGAUUGAUUUUGACACAUUUGAUAUACUGGAAGAUGAAGAGGUUAGACAAGGUUUAAAGACUUACUCCAACUGGCCAACAUACCCACAACUUUAUGUAAAAGGUGAAUUGAUUGGAGGACUUGACAUAGUUAAGGAGUUAAAAGAAAGUGGUGAUCUACUAUCUGUUUUGAAAGGAGAAAAUUAAAUAUCAAGAAUCAACAUUUUAGAGAUUGGGAACAAAGUAUACGUUACAUGGUUAUAUAAUGUAUCAGUUGGUGCGUCUUCUCAGGAUACCUGCUAAUAAAGAACAGCAUGUAUACUUAGUUGCAUUGUGAUCUUAAAUCCUCUGUAUGUUUUGGUCUAUUACUAUUAAAAUAAACAGUAAACAAAAUUGUAAAACACUUUAGUGGUUUUCAUAUUUUUCAGAUUAAUGACGCUGUAAACAACCUCAGAUGAAAUGGAAAUUAGUAAAAUACUAUGUUUAAGCAAUUCAAGUAAAUAUAAAAAAGAUAAGUUUAAUAUUUCAGUUAAAAUGAAUAAAUGUUGUAGGUUAAUCAGUAA